AUGUCGACUCGCACCAAGAGCUUCUUCGAUCAGAACAAUCAACAGGUAAAGCCCGGCUGCCUAUCCCUCUUGCAAGCCAGCUUGAACCAACUCAUGCAUUCGCAGAAACGACCGGGACAAUGGCAACGCUACCCGAACAAGCAGCCACUGGGCGAGAGCAGUAACAAUAGGCCAGCACCACCUCCUCAGCCUCCGAUCCCGGCUACCUCGCAGGCGAAACAGAAGUUGAAGGCAUUCCAAUUUGUGCCCGAUGAUCGAGACCAAUCCGUGGCAGGCAAUGACAAAGAGGACGUAAUCGCACCCCAUCCCCCAAAUACCACUCAGGGGCCACGAGAAACAUCUCUCGCCGACACAGUCCCCAAUACCGAUACCGCACCACCAACCGAGCACAUCAUGCCUGCUGCUCCUCCGUUACUGUCACAUGCGAACACCUUUCCAUCUACCCCGGGCGCCCGACUCUCCCUCGAAGACUUGAUCGGGAAUCACGAUGAGAACGCAAAGGGAGGGAACAAAGAGAACGAGUCACCAGAAGAGUUCAUUGGUUGGAUACCCAACAGUUCCUCCACCUUGCUCACGCCGAACCGCAAACGAAAGCGCGCCCGAAGCUCCUCUCCUUCCUCUUGUGCAAACACCUCAUCUCAGCGAGGCGAGGCGUCCGCUUUCUUCCCCGCUGCAGCUGCUCCAGGCGACAAGGCACCAGAAGCAGACUCGACUGCUGACCCGACUGCAGACCUUUGGCAACAAUACCAAACGGGCAAGCAAGAUGGCGAUGCUAAGCUGCCCGACAUCAGUCACUUGCUGUUCCAAGCGUCGCCGCGUGCGCUUGAGACUCCCGUCAGAAGCGCAGGCUUUCGGAGAUGGGCGAGCACAGGCAACGACUGGCCUAAUAGCAAGAGCAAACGAAGAAAGCCGAACGGGCAGACGAGCAUCAAUCUGCUUAAAGAGGCAGCUGCGGCCGAGACGGGCGAGAAGAGCAAGUUCGCCGAUAUGCUGAAGAAGGUCGAGGACUCGCUUGCCACUCAGAAACUUGCCAAAGAUCGAUCAAAGCCAACCGUGCGCGUCGAAGGCCCUUCAAGUUCGAGUCCGCUCCCAGAAACAGGUGGAAGGGACGUGUUCAAUGCUUUGCCUUCGGCAAGCCCUCUGGAAACGAAGCAAGUCGCGCAACUGCUUUCAAAGGCUCAGGAGGCUACAGCGAAACCUCUUGCGAAUGUCAGCGGCAAUGUUGAAGAGCAACCCCAGUGCAACGAAGCCACACAUGAAGCGAACAACACCAACCUCGCUCCUUCUGUGCAGAUGGCUGCGGCCACUUCGACUCCACUAUAUCUGCAGAGCAAGGCACCUUUACCGGCCUACAAGAGGCCGUCUAUCGUACGAAAGCCAAGUCAUGAGAGACAGACGACGCAGAUGCCGCCACCUCCUCCUCCUGCAGCCGUCACAAAGGCAGCAGCUGAAGAAUUUGGCGAUGACUUCGAUCUUUCUGUCGAGGACUUGGAAGAAAUCACAGGCCACGAUCAUCCCUUAGAACAGAGGUCAUUGUACCAGAUCCCGCCACAUCCCAACCCACCACCUCACGACCACGGACCGACAAUUCCCCGGCUGCCCGUACCGGGCACUGUUGCUGCGGGAUCCGCGGCCCAGCCUAUCUUUCUCAACGACGAUUUCGAUUUCGAUGUCGAUGACAACGAUGAGUUUGGUAUGGGCGAUAUCGACGAGGCUUCAUUCGCACAGGCGGAGAUGAGUGCCACACAAGCGGUCAGGGCAAGUAACAUCUCUCAUGUGUCGGCCGUGAAGAUUAGAUAG